UCAUGUCAGGGGACCUCUCGAGCCAAUCUGCUUGGGUGGAGGAGUGAUAAUUAUUCAUGGGCUCCUGCCUCUUGCUCCUUCUCUUGCACAGCCCCACUCUGCUGACUCAGUGCCUUAUUCAGUCUUCUCUCCCUCUCUCCACUGCUGUAGCUGGACCCCUUUGCCUUCACCGCCUCUGAGAGCUGCACAUCCCAGCAUGGCUAAAACAGCAAUGGCUUACAAGGAAAAGAUGAAGGAGCUGUCCAUGCUCUCUCUGAUCUGCUCCUGUUUUUACCCGGAACCUCGCAACAUGAACAUCUAUAAAUAUGAUGACAUGGAAGUGAAACAAAUCAACAAACGUGCCUCAGGCCAGGCCUUUGAACUGAUCCUAAAGCCGCCAUCUCCAGUCUCAGAAGCACCACGAACUUUAGCUUCUCCAAAGAAGAAAGAACUCUCUCUUGAGGAGAUCCAGAAAAAGCUGGAGGCUGCAGAGGAGAGGAGAAAGUCCCAGGAGGCCCAGGUGCUGAAACAUCUGGCAGAGAAGAGAGAACACGAGCGAGAAGUGCUUCAAAAAGCUUUGGAGGAGAACAAUAACUUCAGCAAAAUGGCAGAGGAAAAGCUGAUACUGAAAAUGGAACAGAUCAAAGAAAACCGUGAAGCUAAUUUAGCUGCUCUUAUUGAACGCCUCCAAGAGAAGGAGAGGCAUGCUGCAGAGGUCCGUAGAAACAAGGAGCUCCAGGUGGAACUGUCUGGCUGAAAACAGCAAUGGUGGAUGUGACCCAUCCCCACCAUUAGUAAACUCCCCCUGCCUAUAUUAUUAUGGAUCAUGCGAUAUAAGUAUGGGAAAUGUAUGACGUGGUUUAAAAAAAAGUAAAAAUCAAGAACUCAAUAAAAAACUUUAAGAAAGAAACAAAAAAAUAAAAACAAAAACAAUGCGAUCUCUUUGCAGAAUGAUUUGCUUGAUGUUUAAAAAACUUGGAUCUUAUUUUGUAAAUACUUACAUUUUUGUUAAAAAAUACAAUUAUUGCAUUAUGCAAGUUAUUUCAUAAUCUUACAUGUCCUGUAACAGGCUUCUGAUGUUGUCUAUUUCCACUCGGUUGAAUUUGCUGGGUCUGUUCAUUUGAAGCACCUCAUGUCUGAUUCCGUUCCCUGCGACUUCUCAUUCCAACCCACCAUGAGGUCAGUAGUAGUUCUAUGGUGCUAGAGGCCAGUCAUUGCCUAAUAACCUAGGCUGCUUUGCCAUCAAUAAGCUUUCUUGAAACAGUGACUAGACCACAGGUAUUGUGACUUCACGUUCAGCUGUCCAAGACAAAAGGCUCCUAAAAUGGUUUUUCAAAAGCAACUUAUGCUGCAGGACUCUGUACUGUGCUGUACAAUUGAGGUUGAAUUGCCACAUAGAGUGUUUGUUGCUUCUGCUUUUUGAGGUGAGAGGCAACAAAAACAGCUGUGCAACAGGAUGAAACCAAGCAAGAUCAGUUUGAGACAAAUUUAAGAGGCACAUUGUAACCAUCAAGCUAUGACAAAUUUUGGAUGAUGCCAAACAGCCAUAAAAAUGCUAAUUGUGAAGUGAGCUUAAUUUACCACUUGAAAAUUUAUUGAUGGAGCAACUAAUAGAUAGCAUCAAGUGGCUUUAUCUGUAGGUGCCAUGAUCUAUGAUACUUAUCUGAUGCUACCACAUUACAUGUGUAAUAGUACAAGAGGCUACCGAAUAUUUCACCUGGAACCCAUGAGCCAGUUGUUACCUUUUUUUUAUGACACUGCUGACUUCCAUUCAUCAUGACCUUUACUCUUCAGUGUUAGCCAACCCUACCUAGUGACAGACAACUAGGACUAAGAGGGCUGAAGCAGGAGGAAUGACUAGACAGGGUGCUUGUGCCAAGUACAAUAUCACCAAACCCAACACAUCAUCCCCAAAAUAGCUGCAGUUUUGAAGUUGUCCCUACCCCCCUAGAGGUUGCUGCCUGCAUAUUCUACUCUUCAUUAGUGCUAUUUUCCUGUAUGUCAUUGUGAGCAAGCUGUGAUUAAUAAAGAAUUGGGGUUCUGUGAACUGACAAAGGGCUUGUUUCUUCUCUCGCUCCAUUAUGCCUCUGGCAUGUGCCAUCUAAGGGGAAAACCUAAUUUAGUCAUAAAAGCAUGGAAAUGAGACUUAAACAGGGCCUAUUAAUAAACCAAGCCUAUUUCUCUGCUAAUAUGGGACUAACUGCUGCUAUGCAUCUCCCAGUGCUUAAGCUGGUUGCUUUUAAAGAUUACCGUAUAAACUGAGCCUGUAAAUGUGACCUCUAGCACUGAGUUUAUUAAAAAGGACUAGCUGUAUGCACAUGCACUCCUUAAUCCUGACUCAACACUGGGGAAAAAAUAGAAUUUGGGGAAAGAAAAGUAAAUAAUCUAGCUCUGGCUACAUACAUUAAUAGCUACAGCAAGAUUCUGGGUGUUAACACAUUGGUUUUCAGGGUAGAAAAUAUUAAUUUAUAGGAUUUAUCGAAGAACAAAAUCACUUGUGUUUCUGCUGAGCUGCAGAGCUAAGAUCUAAAAUUGAAUCAGACCCCAUUUUGAACUGGACAAGUGAUAAAGAAUUAUCUCUGGGAUUAGUAGAAAACUAAACUAAUUAUUUGAAGUCAUCAAAGUGGCAUCAUUUUCUUGCUCUUUCAGAGAGAUGGACUUUAUGCUCCAGGCCUGCAACAUUCAGUUUUUUAUUUUAGCAGACUAUCUUUUUUUGGAGCCAAAAGAUGGCUUGCAGUCAAAAAACAGCAGCAGUUGAACCUGGGGAAAGGUUGUGAGCUCAACUCUGUGUGCAGUGAACUCAAUACCACAGAAUGAAAUGAGUCCUCCAACUUGUAAUGGCAGCUGGGUCUUCUUACCUAAAUUACUUAUCUUUCUCGUGAAAUUACCAGAAGUAAACCUGGCACAGACACCAGAUAGCAGACGCUGGGCCUGGAAGACUUGAAUUUCAAUGUUGCCAAGCCUCUGAAGUUUGUAUAUUUCUUGAAGCCCUAGUAAAAAAAAAAAAAAAAAAAAAAAAAAAAAAAAAAAAAAAAAAAAAAAAAAAGGAUAUUAUUGUAAUUAAAUUUAAGGUCCAGGAUCUUCGUUUGAAGGCUUGUGGAUUCUGUUCCCAUUUCCCAGUGGCAAGCCACUUAGAGUUUUCCCUGUCCAUUGACUUAACAAAUUCUGGUAGUAUUUCAAGCCCUUUUCCUGUUUGUCUUCCUGGCUAUGGUUGCUCAGAGAUCAAGCCAAGAACAAUUCUCUGGUGCUGAGCCAAGCAGGGAAACCUGCAUCACUUCCAUGGGGUUCAACUCUCUUCCCCCCUACAAAAAAGGGUGUCCACACCCAAAGUGCCAGCUGGGAUGGUCUCCAGCACACUCUCAGCUCACCACAGAGCUGGGCUUUGCCUGGGAAGUGCUUCUCAACUGGUACAGAGGCUGCACCAGGGAAAAGAGUGAAGAACCAGACAGUGGGAGCACUGCUGCCCCAGGUCACAAACCAUGCUCUGCUCCUGUUCACCUGGCUCUUUGAACAGUGGAGAGACUACAGUUCAUUUUAGUAAUGUAUAACUAUGCUUUGAAAGCCUGUUUGCAAAUAUACUGCCUAUUUAAUCUCUAACAACAGAAAGAAAUGUCUGGAGAUCUGCAGCAUGGCCUUUUCCUUCUUUUACUCCUGUUUCCUUACAUUUCCUUAUGUUUUGCUUCAGCUCCUCCCUGCUUGUGCUAGCAAAAGUGUCCUGUUGCCAUGGGUCUCUCUUCAUGUGUAGCUACAGAUAAAGAAUCUCCUUGAAAAGUAAUAAAAUACAAAUGUAAAAAUCUGCUUUUUAAAGGAUCACCAUUUUGGUAAUGUGGGCUUUUUUAAUUCAGUGGCAACCAGAGGGUUCAAAAAAUCCAAACAAAUUAGGCUGCUUCUUUGAUUAACUGUAGAUGCCCAUGUCCAUGCCAUGAGCUGUGAGUAGCUGCUGCUGAACUGCAGACCAUUUUCCAUAGGCUGCCUGAAACUUCACACAGGACAGGAGGGAGCCUGGGGUCCUGGCAUUGCACCACACAGAUGUUUCAGCCUUUCCUGGGCUGUACCAUGGCUCAGAAGCAGGGCAGAGCUGUGCAGCACAUCUAGAGAGGCACUUCUGGCAGGUCCAAGGACUGCCACUCCAGGAGUGGGGAGGGUUCGAUUUCCUCAUGGUUAAUUCAUCAUUUGUGUCAAAGCUACCACGAGGUGACAGCCUGAAUAAUCAAGGAAAGGCUAAAACCUGUCACACUUCUCAUGGUCCUACCAAGCCACAACAUUUAUGCUCAAACCAAUUCAUAGAAUCCUAGAAUAAUUUAGGUUGAAAGAGACAUUUAAG